AUGAAGGCAAUCGUACGGGGGACUUUUAACUCCGUCGCGGGAGAAGCGAGGAGCUUAGAGCACCGUAGUAAGAAGAUAAAGUUGAAUGGCGGGCCGAGUGGCGCGGGCACGCCGGCAGGUGGACGCCACAAUGCGCCUAAGCCCUCCACAAUGCGAGGAGGGGGGCCCACGGAGGGAGAUCGACGCAGGAGGGGCACAAAAGACGAGAAAGCUUGGAAGAGGGGGAAAAACCGCCUGAACAAAAGCUACGGGGCUCUGGCUCAGCCUCACCCGUUGCCGUGGGAACCCAUCCCCAAGCCGGUGGCCCUCACAGCCACCGACACGCCCUUUGACCUUUUCACCAGGAGGCCCGAGCUCUUUACCUUCCGGGAGGAGAACCCCUGGGACGCCACGCCGAUCACGCCGCCCGGCUCGCAGGACUUCGGCGACGAGAUCAAGAACCCGUUCUACCCGGUGACCAGCGAGACGUACGGCGCUUACGCCAUCACUUGCGUCUCCGGUGCGAUUUUCCUGGUUGGCAUCGCAGGCAACGUCGCCAUCUUGUGCAUCGUGUGCCAGAACUACUACAUGAAGAGCAUCUCAAAUUCGCUGCUGGCGAACUUGGCCGUGUGGGAUUUCGCGCUCAUCUUGUUCUGCCUGCCCAUGGUGGUCUUCCAUGAGUUGACCAAGUCCUGGCUGCUGGGGGAGGUCACCUGCAGAGUUGUGCCCUAUAUGGAGGUGGCCUCACUGGGCGUGACCACCUUUACCCUUUGCGCGCUGUGCAUCGACCGAUUCCGGGCGGCCACCAACGUGCAGAUGUACUACGAGAUGAUCGAAAACUGCACGUCCACCACCGCCAAGCUGGCCGUCAUCUGGAUCGGGGCGCUCCUGCUGGCGCUACCCGAGCUGCUCAUCCGGCAACUGGUGGUGGAAGACGCCGAGAUCCCAGACGAGCCUCCCGUGGAGCGUUGCGUCAUCCGGAUCUCCGCCGCCCUCCCCGACAUGCUCUACGUGCUGGGUUUGACGUACGAGGGCGCCCGGUUGUGGUGGUGCUUCGGCUGUUACUUCUGCCUGCCCACCCUGUUCACCAUCGGGUGCUCGCUGGUGACGGCGCGGAAGAUCCGCCACGCCGAGCAGUCCAGCGUGCGCAGCAACAAGAAGCAGAUCCGCCUGGAGAGCCAGAUGAACUGCACGGUGGUGGCGCUGGCCAUCGUCUACGGCGCCUGCGUGGUACCCGAGAACAUCUGCAAUAUCGUGUCCGUGUACAUGGCGGCCGGCGUUCCCGAGAACACCAUGUCCGUGCUCCACCUCCUCUCGCAGCUGCUGCUCUUCUGCCGGGCGGCGGUGACGCCCGUGCUGCUUCUGCUGCUGUGUCGUCCGCUGGGCAGGGCUUUUCUGGAUUGCUGCUGUUGCUGCUGCUGCAGCCGCACGCCAUCGUCCACCACGGCCAGUGACGAUAACGAACACGAGUGCACCACCGAGCUGGAGUUGUCGCCGUUCAGCACCAUUCGCCGGGAGCUGAGUAACUACACGCCGGCCGGAUCUCACUGCUAA